GGCUAGGGCUUCUGCCCGCAUUCGCGACUAUAGCGAGAUUGGAUCGAUCAGGCAGGCUUCUGCGGCAUAGAUUCGAGGGUUACAGAUCGAUGCGGUGAAAUCUCCCUUCCAGGAGCGAAAUAUCGUGUUCUUGGGAUGAAUGGGGAUCCACCAGUAGCAAGGGAAACUUUCCUCGGGAAUUUGCUCGUCCAGGCGUAUGGAAGAUCCGGGUGUGUGGAGAGGGCACUGGCUGCCUUUGACGCGAUACUGGGAUCUCUGGAAAGAGGCGCUGUGGGUGUUUCGAGCAAUGGAUCUGGAAGGUGUGCAGGGCGAUGAGAUCACGCUUCUCAACGCCGUGAGCGCUUGCGCUGCGUUGGGAGAUUCUCUCCAAGUGUGGGAGCGUCGAGGAGGCAAGGAACGCGUUUGAUCGAAUGCCUGAGCGGGAUCUAAUCUCUUGGAACGCGAUGAUCACUGUCUACGCACAGCAUGAGUGUGCAUGUACAGCGACUGUGGCAGUCUCGACGAUGCAACAGCAGUCUUCGAGUGGAGCUUUCAGCCCGACGUUUGUACCUGGACGACGGUCAUUGCCGCGUAUACACGGCAUGGAAAGCUCGAGUGUGCGUUCGCGACGUGGAGGAAAAUGCACCAGGAAGGCCUGAGAUCGAACGAGAUCACCUUUCUCACGGUUCUAGACGCCUGUUCAAGCCUGGAAGUCCUUGAAACUGCAGUCUUGGCGAUGCACGGGACGUGUUUGACCGCAUGCGCUACAGACGAAACGUGAUCACUUGGACUGCCAUGGUUGCCGGGCACGCUCAGUGUGAAGACCUCGCAGGGGGGAUCUAUCUCUGUCGAGAGAUGAUGCUAGAAGGCGUGCGACCUCAGCCUGUCACUUUCGCGGGGCUUUUGGAUGGAUGCCGUGGCCGUGAAGCUCUCGCAGUCGGAGCCUCAAUCCAUGGUUACGUUCGUCUCGGUGGAAUGGAAUCCGACUCUGCAGUCAACAACGCUCUCGUCAACAUGUACAGCAAGUCCGGUGGCCUUGAGGAUGCCGUGAAAGUUUUCAAUGACCAGCGGCAGGAUCUGAAGACCUCUUCCUGGGCUUCCGUGAUUGGAGCAUACGUACAGCACGGCUUGAAGCGAGAAGCUACCGAGCUCUAUCACCACUUGGACCUCGAAGGCAUGGAAGUCGACGAGAACGUCUUCGCCAGCGUCCUCGGCUUUUGCGACAGUGCCACUCAAGUCAGGGACGUGCAUUCGCGGAUCCUCGCCUCCGGGUUAGAGCAGAGAAUGGUCGCAGCCAAUGCCGUCAUGACCGCUUAUGGCAAAGCAGGACACCCGGAUGAGGCCAGGGAAGUUUUCCUCGGGAUCUCGAGGCCCAGCGUGAUCUCCUGGAGUGCCUUGAUUGCGGCAUAUGGUCAGCACUGGGAAGCCAUCAAGACCUUCGAGCUCAUGAACUUGGAAGGUGUAAAGCCGAACGCCACCACUCUCACGAGCGUCCUGCGUGCCUGCGCGACCGUGGGAGCACACGAGCAAGGCAGGCGGAUCCAUGCUCUCGUCCUCGCCGGUCCCUACGCUCAAAACACGACGGUCUUAAACGCGGCGGCCAGCCUCUACGCGAAGUGUAGCCGGGUGGCCGAUGCAAGCCGGGUGUUCUCAUCGAUUCCCUGCAAGGAUGCCGUGUCCUGGAACGCCAUCGUCUCGGCUUACGCGAAGCAGGGGCUCUUCCGGGAUGCCAUCUUCCUCUCUCGGCAAAUGCAGGUAGAAGGAUUUGUUCCAGACGACAUAACUUUCAUCACCAUUCUUUACUCGUGCAGCCAGAGCGGUCAGCUAGCGGCAGCCUGCGAGUGCUUGAGCUCCAUGGUGUGCGAUUUUGGGAUGGUGCCGGCGAGAGAGCACUACGUGUGUUUGAUCGACGUCUUGGGAAGAGCUGGGCGAGUGGGCGAUGCGGUGGAGCUGAAAGACUGCAUGCCUUAUGAGGCUGAUGCGGUUGCUCUGGAGAGCUUGCGUGCUGCAUCCAGGAUCACCCAGAAUGGCUAAACUCUUUUUCUUGUUCAAAAAUCUGAAAUAUAUAAAACUUUGAUUAACAAUAACACUUGAACAAAAAGCUCAUUUCUCAUCGA